UUAGAUUUACUAACUACUCCACUAAUCACUAUAUAAAGCCAUCUCCAUCGUACCCCAAUAACACUACUUUCUUCUUCUUUUCUCGUCUCUCUAUAAGCACUGAUUUUGGCCUGAAAAUGGAUAACACAGAUUUUGAGUGUGUACACAGAGUAGUAAUUCCACCACCACAGCCAUUUGUGAAGUCGUUAAAGAACAAUCUCAAGGAAACUUUUUUUCCCGACGAUCCACUCCGGCAAUUCAAGAACCAGCCGCCGGCGAGGAGGAUCAUAUUAGGCCUCCAGUACGUUUUUCCGAUACUCGAAUGGGGCCGGAAAUAUAGUUUGGAGUUCUUCAAGGCUGAUCUUAUUGCCGGAAUCACCAUAGCCAGUCUUGCUAUUCCUCAAGGAAUAAGUUAUGCAAAGCUUGCAAAUUUGCCUCCAAUUCUCGGCCUAUAUUCGAGCUUUGUCCCGCCAUUGGUCUACGCAGUAAUGGGAAGUUCAAGGGAUUUGGCGGUUGGGACUGUUGCUGUUGGAUCACUUCUCAUAGCUUCAAUGCUGAGUGAUGUAGUGAAUAUAAAUGAUAACCCCACACUCUAUCUUCAUCUUGCUUUUACAGCAACACUCUUCGCCGGGCUUCUUGAAGCAGCUUUAGGCAUUUUCAGGCUAGGGUUCAUAGUGGAUUUUCUAUCCCAUGCAACAAUAGUAGGGUUCAUGGGUGGUGCAGCCACUGUUGUGAGCCUACAACAAUUAAAAGGGAUACUUGGCCUUAGCCAUUUUACUCAUGCCACUGAUGUUGUCUCGGUUAUGAGUUCUAUUUUUUCUCAAACUCAUAAGUGGAGAUGGGAAAGUGCAUUGCUUGGAUGUUGUUUUCUAUUCUACCUACUGGUUGCAAGAUAUUUUAGCAAAAAGAGACCAAAUCUCUUUUGGAUAUCGGCAACAGCUCCGUUGACUUCCGUUAUUUUGGGAACUCUAGUGGUUUACCUUACCAACGCUGAAAAGCAUGGUGUUCAAGUGAUUGGACACUUAAAGAAAGGGAUAAAUCCACCAUCAAUUAUGGAUCUUGAAUUUGGAUCACAAUAUCUGGCAACAGUAACCAGAACUGGCAUUGUCACGGCCAUCAUUUCUCUUGCAGAAGGUAUAGCAGUGGGCAGAAGCUUUGCCAUGUUCAAGAAUUACCAUAUUGAUGGAAACAAAGAAAUGAUUGCUUUUGGAAUGAUGAACAUUGUUGGUUCUUGCACUUCCUCUUACCUCACUACUGGGCCAUUUUCACGGUCAGCAGUGAACUUCAAUGCAGGAUGCAAAACAGCAGUUUCCAACAUUGUUAUGGCAUUAACAGUGAUGAUAACAUUGUUGUUCUUAACACCAUUGUUCCACCAUACCCCACUUCUUGUUCUGUCUUCAAUCAUAAUUGCUGCAAUGCUUGGCCUAAUAGACUAUAAAGCAGCAAUUCAUCUUUGGCACGUAGACAAAUUCGACUUCGUAGUGUGCAUGAGUGCUUAUUUUGGCGUCGUUUUUGCCGACAUUGAGAUUGGCCUAAUCUUGGCAGUGGGAUUAUCUGUGCUUAGGGUGCUGUUAUUUGUUGCAAGACCGAGAACCUUUGUUCUUGGAAAUAUCCCAGAAACUAGGAUUUACCGAAGUGUCGAUCAAUAUCCAAACGCGAAUAAUGUUCCUGGGAUUUUGAUACUUGAGAUCGAUGCUCCUAUUUACUUUGCGAAUGCUAGCUACUUGAGAGAAAGAAUUUCAAGAUGGAUCGACAAUGAAGAAGAUGAGAUAAAAUUGUCGGAAAAAAUGAGCUUACAGUAUGUCAUACUGGACAUGAGUGCUGUUGGAAACAUUGAUACGAGCGGGAUUAGCAUGCUUGAGGAGGUUAAAAAGAUCAUCGAUAGAAGAGGCCUCAAGCUUGUACUGGCCAACCCUGGUGGUGAGGUGAUGAAGAAGCUAAACAAGUCAAAAUUCAUAGAAACAAUAGGGCAUGAAUGGAUUUUCUUGACAGUGGGAGAGGCUGUAGGAGCAUGCAAUUACAGGCUUCACACUUGCCAACCCAAUUUGGCUUCCUCUGAUGAACUGAAUAUAUAUAGCAGCAAUGUGUAACCUAUUUGUACAGCAAAGCUCUGCAACUUAUGCUAAAAUAUUUACAAAUAGAACACUUGACUUGUUACUAGAGCCAAAACAAGUUGUUCACCAAGCGUCCGUUUGAUUGCAAAAAUGAAAUUGAAUUGCCUAGAAUUGUUUUCC